AUGGCCCAAAUCCGUGGCACAGCGGGCUACAACCUCGGCCACCAGAACCCAUUCGGCGGGCCCGGUAGCGCAGAUGCUACCAGCGAUCCCAGCCCGCUCGACGCCAUCCGCGAGCACACUAGCAAGAUCGAAGACUGGCUAGACACCAUGUCUGAUCCUGUGAAGCCAUAUCUCCCAGCCAUCGGCCGCUUUCUUAUCGUGGUCACCUUCAUCGAAGACUCGCUGCGCAUUCUUACACAAUGGAGCGACCAGCUGGUCUACCUCAAUGAUUUCCGUCACAUUCCCUGGGGAAUUACACACCUUUUCUUGAUUGUCAACGUCAUCGCCAUGUCCAUCUGCUCAUUCCUCGUCAUCGCCCGCAAGCAUACCGAAUACGCCGUCGCAGGAUUGCUGGUUGUUGUCGUCACACAAGGUCUAGGAUACGGUCUUAUCUUCGACUUGAACUUCUUCUUCCGUAACCUGAGUGUCGUUGGCGGCCUGCUUAUGGUGCUUUCGGAUUCCUGGGUGCGCAAGAAGUUCAUUCCCGCCGGUCUGCCCCAGCUUGAUGAGAAGGAUCGCAAGAUGUACGUCCAGCUUGCUGGCCGUGUCUUGCUGAUCUUCCUGUUCGUUGGAUUUGUUUUCUCUGGCCAGUGGAGCUUCUGGCGCGUUCUGGUUAGCGGAUUUGGUUUGGUCGCGUGCGUCAUGGUCAUUGUCGGUUUCAAGGCCAAGUUCAGCGCUAUCGUGCUUGUCGUCCUUCUCAGUGUGUUCAACGUGUUGGUGAACAACUUCUGGACGCUCCACCCCCACCACCCUCACAAGGACUUCGCGAAGUACGACUUCUUCCAGAUUCUUUCCAUUGUUGGUGGUCUCUUACUGCUGGUCAACACUGGCCCAGGCCAGUUCAGCAUGGACGAAAAGAAGAAGGUCUACUAG